GACAUUUUGUUUGCGGGGUGCAGGUAAGUCUUAUCGUAUUCAUUUUAGAUCCCAGGAUAUUUACUUAUUGAUGAUCGGGCGCUUCAGUCGGUACUGGUAAAACUUCAGUUAGCUCAGAAGUCGUCGAAUGGUUUUGCAAGCACGAUCGUCUUAAAGAGUCUGACAAAUUGGUUUAUGUCUACUGCGCCCACGACGGUGAUGUAGGGGGCUGCCUGGACUCGGUGUUGCGCUCCCUUAUCCUCCAACUCGCCAUAUCAAAUAACGGCAUUUCGGUCCAACAGCCGGUGACUGACAAGUUCAAUUCCAGAGGAAAAUCUCAAAAACUGCUUUUAGAUGGAAAAGAAGACGAAUUGCUUACACAACUUUGCAGCCCUUACUCAAAGGUGGUGGCUAUUAUUGAUGCGCUCGAUGAAUGCCCCACCCCGCGUCGUCUCCUCGACCUACUUAGAAUAAUACAGGAGAACUCCUCGGGCAAGCUCAAGCUAUUUCUAUCAAGUCGAUUGCACAUCAGGAUCGAAGACGUGUUCACGGAUUAUCAUGGUAUAAUAAUCGGUAAAAACACUGCCUCGACAGAUGUGGAACGUUACGUCAAUAUGGAGGUUGACAUGCGCCGUAACAUCCUCCCUGGUUCAGAUCAUACGGACUUUAAGAAGAGAUUGAAGCGUGCUCUAAGCGUGCACGCACAUGGGAUGUUCCGCUGGGUCGAACUACAACUCGAGAUAUUCUUCGACGAGAGCUUUCCGUUUGAGCUGGAAGAGGAUGUGGAGAGCGAGCUACGAGUCCUCGAGUCAGGGACAUCUGUAACCGGACGCUCCGACCAGAAAGACAGGCUGAAUGUAGCAUAUGAUCGCAUAUUGAAGGGACGUCGUCACACCGCUUACAACAUCGUCACCUACGCCUUCAAGUUUGCGCUGUAUUCUAUGAAAGCUCUGACAUCAAAAGAGCUAGCGGAGGCCGUCAUGAUCUCUCGCAAGCGCGUCUCAGGCUUAACGGCGUCGAGUGAACGUGUAGGAGUAGUUGGUAUAGAUGAGAUCGGCCGGCUUUGCAGCAACUUUCUUUUCCUUGGAAAUGAUAACACCCCUGUUAGGUUUUCUCAUCAUUCCGUCAAGGAGUACCUGUUGGACCCCAAAUAUCUCGGCGACGAGUUCACCCCCAAAACAUGUCACGCCUUCAUUGCGGAGACGUGUCUGUGGCAUGCCUAUCGAGACGCAACUUUUUCACAGAUUAUGCGCUUCUAUAUCCAACAGUAUAUAAUUGUACACUGUUCCCGUGCCGACCCUGAUAAAAGACGAAAUAGGGAGUUUUGCGAUUUACUUUCUUCUUUCUGUCAAGAUCCUAAGAAGAUCUUACAUUUUGGGGAAUCCGGGCUCAUAAGUCCGUUUCUAUUUUACAGGGAUUAUUCGGGGCCAAACAACGUCGCAUAUCUGUCGCAGGAACGUCAAUUCUUUGACUUGACUUUCUUCUGCGCGUGCCUAUUCAAUUUCGCCGAAGUUUUGUGGCCAACCUUAGCCCAGUUGAGGCUCAAUCCAAUCCAACGAAGACGGCUUAAGAGGGAAGGUUUUAAAGUUGCAUGCGACAACAACUGCUACGAAGUUGCGAAGGAAUUGCUAGAGGACGAUAGGGAACCAAUAGAAGUUACUGUCAUAGACGUCGAAGCGGUCGCAAGUUGCAGUAGCGGGCGACUUAUGCAACUUGUCCUGGAGCAUUCCCAGGACGUCGAAUUCACACUAAACAUAGCGAAGAACGCCGUUCAAAAUACCCAUUCCAGUAUUGAAGUGAUGGAGGCACUGAUAAAUCAUUACCACCGGUUCCCGAUGGAUCUUUGGAUUAUCGACUAUGUCUUUGAGGUUUCGACCGAAUCAGUCAAAAUGUUGGACGUGAUACUUAGCGGAGUGGACAGUUCCAUCCCUACCGAUAUACUACUUAUUUACGCAUCGCAACAUGAUCUCUACCCUGAGCAGUUAUUAUCCACAGUUUUUCGACAUCGGUGGGAUGUAUUCGUUACGGAUGGCAUACUAGAAGCCGUAGCCCGAAACUACUUCCAGGGAUAUGAGGCCGUAAGAGCUAUUGUUGAGUACUCCGGAGGAUGUGUUCGGGUGUCUGAAGAAGUCGUCUUAGCUGCUGUAUCAAACUACUUCGCCGGGGAGGAUAUCCUUAGAUAUCUCUGCCGUAUCUUCGGCGAUGAUGUUAUUAUUACUGAAGCGGUGGUCGUCAAUGCGGUAGCUAAUGGGGAUGCCGGCAUCCUCCAUGUUCUCCUUGAGCACAAACCGGAUAUCGACAUUACGGAACCCAUCGUUUCAGCUGCCGUGAGGAACCGGAUCCAUAGCACCGAAGUGAUCAAAUUACUGCUCAGUCAUGACCCCAAAAUUCCCGUUACUGAAGAGACCCUUGUAAUUGCGGCGCAAAAUUGGCAGUCUGGAUUCACGACGAUGGAAUACCUUAUGGAACAUAUACCUUGGAUCCAAAUCACACCAAAGAUUAUGGAGGCUACCGCCGCCAACAAAUCUUUGGUGAAUCAGCUUUCGAAGCUACUCAUCGAACAAGUUCCUGGUUCCAUUAUUGAAGAUAAGAUUUUAGAGGUCGCAGCUAGCAAUAAAAAUAUCGGGGAAUCGACCUUCCAGAUGCUCCUAGAUCACAGCAACAUCUCGGAAAUUGGACAUCGCAUCAUGGAUGCCGCAGCUGGGAAUAUUGAAAGGGGAGAAUGCAUCCUAGCGCUUCUAUUUAAACAUGCACCAGGUUACGAAACGCCUAUAUCCUCAAUAGAAAUGGUGGCCGCCAGCAGAAACGUGAACUGUUUCGAAAUAUUGCUAAAGCACUUCGACAAAGAUAAGAUGACUGGCGACCUAUUCAAGUCCCUAUUAAAAGUUGCCAUUCGCGAUACCUCACGGCCUCGAGUUUUAGUGAAGACAGUCUUAGACCACAGUAAUCAUAACCUACAUAUCCCGGAAGAAGUUAUGAUUUAUGCUGUCCAGAGAAAUAGUCCUUAUGAAAUAGAGAGUUCGGUAUCAGUGCUUCUCGAAUCGGGGAGAACAGUCACGAUCACGGAAAACGUACUAAAACUCGCUGCUACGAACGGCCCAGGCUUAAGCGAUAGAGAUCUGCUCUUAGCAGACGACAAAGAUUUAAAGUCACCGAGGUUAUAGUUAUGGCCUCAAUAGCAAAUAUAAAGACAUCUAGUGAUGAUUUAGACCUAUUGUUGGACGGAGCCGGAAUCAGCAUUACCGAUAGUAUGCUGAGGUUAGCGACAACAACAGAUCAGAUGUACUCAAAAAAACUCAGCAAAUCUCUACAUAUGUUCCAAGGCCGGAGGAAAUAGUAUAUAUAUACCUUUCGCGGGGCUGCGACCGAAAUAUAGGUGCUAUGUCGGAUAAACUUCAAAGAUUUUGCCCUGCCAAGAAUCCGUAUCGUGUAAUAUCUAAGAUAAUACAGCUUACAGCACUAGUCAUAGCGAGAAAUACAUACAAAUCCUUGUCA